AUGAGGAGCACGAGUGAGGUGCAAAAAGACCAGACUUGGAGCUGCUGCUCAGAUACAGAACUAGAAGAGUUUGUCCAGAGCUCAGGAGAUCAUGGCAUCGUCGUGUUUUCAUUAGGUUCAAUGGUCAAUAACUUGACAAUGAACAGAGCCAACAUGAUCGCUUCUGCUCUCGGUCAGAUCCCACAAAAGGUAAUUUGGCGUUACAGCGGGAAAACUCCCGAAACUCUUGCUCCAAACACAAAACUCUAUGACUGGAUCCCACAGAAUGAUUUACUCGGACAUCCAAAAACAAAGGCCUUCAUUACUCACGGUGGAACAAAUGGACUCUACGAGGCGAUUUAUCACGGUGUGCCUAUGGUGGGUUUACCGCUGUUUGCUGACCAGCCAGAUAACCUUGUCCAUAUGAAAACCAAAGGAGCUGCAGUUUUCCUCGACAUCAACGACAUGACUUCCAAAGACUUAGUGGAGGCCCUUAAGACUGUCAUAAAUAAUCCAACGUAUAAGGAGAGCAUCAUGAAGCUCUCCAGAAUUCAUCACGAUCAGCCGAUGAAGCCUCUGGACCAGGCGGUGUUCUGGAUCGAGUUUGUGAUGCGUAAUAAAGGCGCUAAACACCUGCGAGUUCAGGCACAUGAACUGAGCUGGUAUCAGUAUUACCUCCUGGACGUUAUAGCCUUUUUACUCACAAUAACGGCUCUAAUCAUCUUUAUUUUCAUCAAAACAUGUUGUUUUAUUUUCUGUAAGUGUUUCAGGAGGACGGUUCCUAAUCGUAAAGCGAAGAAAAAUAAAAAAGAGUGAAUAAAGAGUAUCAAGAUUGUCUUCACUUUUCUACAGAAAGUUGAUUUAUGUUGAUUGUCCAGAGUUGAUUUUGUUUAUACUCGUAAGUGUAAAUGGAAAGAGCAAGAAAUUAUACAAAUAAUAACAGUAAGUAAUGUAAAUAAUGUGUAUAAAUUAACUUCUCAAAACUGUAUUUAAUUUUGUAAAAUAUUAAACAUUUUUGAAAUAAUGGGAUUUAGUAAAACUGUGUUUGGCAUCAGUGUAUUAUAAAAAUAUGUCUGUUUUUGUUAAAGUGCACUGUAUGUGAUUAUAAAGAGGGUUUGGCUAUAUAGCAAA